UCCCUUGUAAUUCUUACAGAGGACUUGUGGUUUUGCAAGUUGGCAAAACAUUUCUUUGCAUAUCAGUGAAGGAGUUUUUUUUUUUCUUUUUCUUUUAUGCUGUGUGAACCAUCAAGGAAACUAAUGUGGCAGACUGGGAAGAAGAGAGCCAGUUGUAUUAAAAAGAGGGAAAAAGUGAAGACUGCCAUGGUGGGGAGAACAAACAUAACUUAUUAGAACCAUUUACAGACACUACCAGGUUUCAAUUCUGCAGAUUUUCUUUGAACCGUGUGAUUUAAAUGAAAAAAAUGCAUGCUUUGCAAUUCUACACAGAGACAAAGAGAGAGAGAGAAAGAGAGAGUGAGAACUAACCCUGUUCAGUGCCUUCUUUUGGCUGCUGCUCCUUGCAGAUUUAAGCGCCAGAUACAGUUUCACAGCAGGGAGCGUAAAAAAGGAUUGAUGGCUCCUUUGAAUAAGCCCGGGCAAAGCUGUCACUGUAGUCUAGGACUGACUCAGAGAAGCAGGGGAGCUUUCUGGGUCGACAGAGCUCUGGUUUAAAGCUUCUUUUCAUUGAGGCAGAAGUGGGGGUGGGGGUAGAAAAAAGGGAACGAAAGUAGCAUUUGCCUUAGGGCUGAAAGUCACCUUGGAUAGUAAUUUACAGGAGGGGAGGGGAGGCAAGAGAAAGAAACAGAUUUCUGGUUGAAGCAUCGUUUGUCUUCGGAGAAAGGAAAGCUUUGUGAAAAGAAAAGAGUGUUCAGCAACUGGGACCUUAGUCUCUUUCAGACAGCAGGAAUACACCGGAGUCUGUGAAAAGUGGUAGACUUGGAAGUCCUAUGUAGAACAAGCUCUUUUCCAUAAAUCUUUUCCUGCCUGUGGAAUUUUAAUAGUUGACUGGCUCAGUAGAGUAAUACUUGGAUAUAACUUGUGAAGGUCAUUUUUCCCCCAUCUUUGGGAUGUGCUGGUUUUGUCCUGCUGUUCCAAGGGUGAGAAGAGCUGAAGAUACAGAUGAGUAAUGAUCGGAAGGGCCUCUGACACCGUGCUUUCAUGAGGUGCAGAAGACUAGGAAGUUUCUUUGAAAAUGUUAUAGACGUGUCACUGGUUGUUGAGUGGAAGCGGGAGAGGAAUUUGGAGUAAAAACUAUGAAACCAAAGAAUCGAAUGAGUGACCCUAAGGUGAACUGCAACUGAAGCCACCAUGAGGAAUGUAAAAAAAAGUUUCCUGACAGACUCGUUUUUUAUGUGAUCACUAACCCUGGAGUGAAAAGAAAAUUCUCAAAAUGGUUUCAGAAGCAAAUCAGUAGCUCUGCAUAUGUGCUUACAGUCAUUCUUUGUUUAAUUCUCUGAAGCUCCAGUAUAUUGGGCUACAACAGGGAAAACGUCAUUCAGGUGGAGCAAAACAAUGGAGCCUUGGGACAUGGUGACAUAGAAUAUAAAUGGCUCCAUUAGAUAAUUGUCACUUAUUAACUGCUUGCUCUGCCUGUUACUAUCACUGUGGCCAUUUUUGCCCUCUGGAGAGUCAGUGGGCACCUACGUGUCUGGCAAAGAGACAACAUUUCGGGCACGUGUCCACUCAUCAUGUUUAGCUUGUGGAGAUGGAUUAGGAGUGUGCGGCAGCUGGAACUGCACAGAUUGAUAUUGUUGCUUAUAGUGUUCUGCCUGGCUUCCAUGUGUGUUCUAGCGUACUAUGUAAGCAGCAACCCUAAGCUAAAGGAGCCCCCUCUUUUGCCAUUUGGAGACUGUCGAAAUCAACAGAGAGAGUCUGUGCCUGCACAAGCAAGCCGACGAGUUAAGUCAGUGGACACUUCACGUACAGACCCUGUGGUUCUUGUUUUUGUCGAAAGUAUUUAUUCCCAGCUAGGACAAGAGAUUGUAGCGAUCUUGGAAUCUAGUCGAUUUAAGUACAGGACAGAGAUUGCUCCUGGAAAGGGGGAUAUGCCUACAUUGACAGACAGAGACCGUGGACGUUACGCCUUGAUAAUUUACGAAAACAUCCUAAAAUAUGUGAACUUGGAUGCCUGGAACAGGGAACUAUUGGAUAAGUAUUGUGUAGAAUAUGGGGUUGGGAUAAUUGGAUUUUUCAAAGCAAAUGAGAACAGCUUGCUGAGUGCACAGCUAAAAGGAUUUCCACUUUUCUUGCACUCUAAUCUGGGUCUGAGGGACUAUCACAUCAAUCCUAAUGCUCCUUUGUUAUAUGUGACACGUGCAAAUGAAGUGGAGCAGGGCCCUCUUCCUGGGGAUGACUGGACGGUUUUCCAGUCUAACCAUAGUACCUAUGAACCAGUGCUUUUGGCUAGCACCAAAUCUUCAGAGUCUAUCCCUCACCUCAGUACCCACAAGGCUCUGCAUGCUACUGUCGUUCAGGACCUUGGAUUACAUGAUGGUAUCCAGCGGGUGCUUUUUGGCAAUAACUUGAACUUCUGGCUGCACAAGCCCAUUUUUGUGGAUUCAGUCGCCUAUCUGACUGGCAAGCGACUCUGUUUGUCCUUGGACCGUUACGUUUUGGUGGAUAUCGAUGACAUCUUUGUGGGAAAAGAAGGGACCAGGAUGAAAGUGUCUGAUGUAGAGGCUUUGCUGAACACACAGAACAAACUACGAACUUUAGUACCAAAAUUUACUUUCAACCUGGGGUUUUCUGGAAAAUUCUACCACACAGGUACAAAUGAGGAAGAUGAGGGAGAUGACAUGCUGCUAAAGCACCGCAAAGAAUUCUGGUGGUUCCCGCACAUGUGGAGUCACAUGCAGCCUCAUCUGUUCCACAAUGGAACUGUCUUGGCUGAACAGAUGAAGCUCAACAAACAGUUUGCUCUGGAGCAUGGGAUUCCCAUCGAUAUGGGAUAUGCCAUUGCACCACAUCAUUCAGGAGUUUACCCUGUUCACACACAGCUUUAUGAAGCCUGGAAAUCCGUUUGGGGAAUCAAAGUUACCAGCACAGAAGAGUAUCCACACCUGAGGCCGGCACGCUUUCGCAGGGGCUUUAUACAUGACAACAUCAUGGUCCUUCCCCGACAAACAUGUGGUCUCUUUACACAUACUAUUUUCUACAAUGAAUACCCUGGAGGGUCCAAAGAACUAGACAAGAGUAUCAGAGGAGGGGAGUUGUUCCUUACUAUCCUGUUGAAUCCGAUUAGCAUCUUCAUGACACACUUGUCCAACUAUGGGAAUAACCGCCUGGGACUGUAUACAUUUGAAAGCCUUGUGAAGUUUGUACAAUGUUGGACCAACUUGAAGCUGCAGACUCUACCUCCUGUGAGGCUGGCGGAGAGGUAUUUUGAAAUCUUCCCAGAAGAAAAGGAUCCCCUCUGGCAGAACCCAUGUGAUGAUAAACGGCACAAAGACAUCUGGUCAAAAGAAAAAACCUGUGAUAGACUACCCAAGUUCCUAAUUAUAGGACCACAGAAAACAGGUACAACAGCACUGCACUUUUUCCUGACCCUUCAUCAAGCUAUCACCAGUAACUUCCCUAGUCCAGUCACGUUUGAGGAGAUUCAGUUCUUCAAUGGGCCCAACUAUUAUAAAGGAAUUGACUGGUAUAUGGACUUUUUUCCCUUACCAUCAAAUGCCAGCACAGACUUUAUGUUUGAAAAAAGUGCAAACUACUUCAGCUCUGAGGUAGCACCCAAGCGAACUGCCGCUCUUCUGCCUAGAGCUAAAAUUAUCACCAUCUUUAUCAAUCCAGCAGAUCGAGCCUACUCCUGGUACCAGCACCAGCGAGUUCACAAUGACCCUGUGGCACUUAACUACACUUUCCACCAAGUAGUGGCUGCUGGUCCAAGUGCUUCCCAGGAUGUGCGAACCCUGCAGAAUCGCUGCCUGAUACCUGGCCUUUAUGCUACCCAUUUGGAGAGAUGGCUAACCUAUUAUCAGCCUAGCCAGAUUCUGAUUGUGGAUGGCCUACAGCUGCGAAACAGUCCAGUGGGUGUAAUGGAGACUAUCCAGAAAUUCCUAGGGGUCACUCCAUUCUUGAACUAUUCACAGGUCUUGAAGUUGGAUGAAACCAAAGGAUUCUGGUGCCAGGUACUGGAGCCUGGGAAACAGAAAUGUUUGGGGAAAAGCAAGGGCAGAAAGUAUGAAGAAAUGGAUUCAUCGACAAGAGCCUUUCUUACUGAGUUUUAUCGGGACCACAACAUACAGCUUUCUAAGCUAUUGAACCAUCUAGGCCAACCACUUCCUACAUGGCUGCGAGAAGAAUUACAGAACAGUAGCUGGAGCUGAGACCCUGGUAAUUCAGCAGAAACACCAUUGUUGUAGAGAGGGGAGACCGUUAAUUAUCUGCACAACUUUCCCAUCUCAGAAAAUGAACUGAAAGAGAAGCCCUUCGACACUGAAGGAGUACAAGGGAAACCCGCAAGGCUAAGGCACUGUCUGGAAGAAGAAUGAGAGCUUCUGAGUUGUAGAAUGGACUUGUUUGCAGAAGUGCUGCUAUGAGAAAUCACUCAUUUUUAAAAGGACUGAGUGAAUAUGAGUGUGCACUACAGUGUUAGCCUGCAGUUAUAACUGAGUUGUACAACUGUUGCUUCCUUCCCACCACCCCUGUUAGUGGUGAGGAUACAUUCAUUUGCAUUAUACAACAGAAAUUACCUCGGAAAAUUAAGUGUGACACAAUUCUACAAUGAAGGGGUAGGUGACAAGUGUGCAUUUAGGAGUGGGAGGGGUUAAAAGAUCUUCAGUUCUGUUACUUGUGUGUAGCGGGGGCUUGAACUGUUAAACGUCUACUCUUGUGAAAUUGUGCUCUAGCUGUUUCACAGUGACAGCAAGACAACAGUUACUGUGCUCAGUAUACACAGGGGAAGGCUAGCAACAGCAAUGCUCAGAGUACGUUGAAAAUGUUGCUGUGCCCAUAUACAAAGUACAGUGGGAACAGCAACAGUGAUUCAGAUUUAGUGUGAAUAGCUGUCUAGGCACAUUUGUUGUCUCUGUGGUUACUGCAUACAUCCCAAAAACAGCUGGGGGAAGGGGGUAAAAUGGUAUGUAGCCGUUUUUUGGUUAAUGCAAUAAUCUUUUCUUUGGUUUAAGUGCAGUUCAAGUUGCACUGUAUUAUAAUUUUAAUUGUUUUAAUCUUAUAAAUUUGGUUUUACAGUGUCACACAUUUUAGGCACUUGAAAAUUGGUCUUUCCCAACUUAUCAACCUUUACUGUCCCAAGUUGUAAGUCUUAUGUCCAGUUUUGCUUCAGUUAUAGAGUCUUAAAACAUUUCCAUAGAGGAGAGUUGCCAUGUUGUGGAAAGUCAUUCCAUGUUUUUUCCCCUUGUUAUGUUUUUUUUAAUCAUUUUUCCAGUGUUAGAAAUGAUCACUGGAUCAGGUACUAUACACUCAGUUGUCUGUCUCCCCCGAAUGACAUGCUUUUUAGUUUGUUUGUCACACAUGGCGUUAGAGAUUUGGUCUUGUAUACAGGAAAGAAACAGAAUGUUGCAUGCACUUCAAGUUAAUGUUUCAGAAACACUGUACUGGGAGUCCGUAAGCACUUAAUCUUAGAGUGAAUGUUUAGUAGCUUGUAUGACCAUUUCUGACUAUUCUUAAAUGAGGAUACUUUAAGUAGUUGGGAAGUAUGAUUUUUACUCACUCAUCGUGGAAACAGUGUGGGCUAAUACUGUGAUAGGUAUAAAGCAAAAUAUCGAAGACAAGAUGAAGUACUAAAGGGUAAUGUGUCCCUCAAAACCAGACUGCGUUCUGGGUGAUGGUCUGUACAAUGUAAGCCAGUGUUAGGUAUAUUAUCUUUAAAAUGUGCGAUUGUUGUUGCAGACAGGGUGGAGUAAAUGCUCAACACAUUUCAGUUGUAAUACAGACAGGCAGGCAUCCUUUCAUAUUCUAAACACAGUAAUUGUGUAGUUUAAAAGUCUUUUGUAGCCAUCGGUAAAUUGUUGCAGACCCCACUUAACAGUCACAGAUUCUGUUUGCCACUGAUGCCUGUGGCGCAUGUUCUAGACUGCCUGUAAUGCAUAAGAGGUACUCUGAUUAACUGGGAUACUUACUGUUGAUAGUGUGGGAACAGACCCAGACAACCCGUUGUAGAUAGAAUAGUAUUUCUGCAAAGUAACAUUUGACCACUGUGUGAAUUUGUUUGAAAUGCACACUUUCUGAUAUUGUGUGGAAGUGUUAACAAGGGAGACUGGCUCAUUGGUGUACACUACCUCAGAAAUUCCUUGUAUUUGUAAAGCAGUCUUGAGUUAAAGCCACUGACACUGGAAGUCAGGUACCUUCUGAUACACACUGACACAUUAGCAGUAGGCUUCAGAUUUUUCUUCAUCUUUCACCCCUCUGAGUAGGUAGUGAACAAAUGGCAAAUGUUAUACGGUGGUUUACUUUUAUUUCCUUGAUCUAGGUUUGCUGGACCAUGCUGGCUAAAAGUGACAUUUGCUCAGUUUUAUUGCUGUCUUCUUUGUACAGCAAGAUUUAAAUACUCACUGUUAAGUUCUGAGAAGUAUUAGUGCGCCUUAGAUAAAGAGAGGGAGAGCAUAUAUUGCAUGUCAGUGAUUGCUGUUUCUACAUUGAGAGAGGGGGGAUGUGUGUGUGUGUGUGUGUGUGGGGGGGUGUAUUUCCCCUGCAGACCUCACUUAGUUUUGUUACAUUUGCUUGUUUAGUUUAAAAGCUUGAAUGUAUGCUUUCUGAGAAUGUGUGUGCUUGACCUGUAAUUUAUGAGCUGUCACAGCUGGGUAAAUGUAGUCAGGCGUCAUAGUGGAGCCAUACAAAUUUACAUAAGUGAUUCUUAAUUCCCUGUGCGUGUGUACUACUUUACUUUGCAGAAGUACUUCAUGUGCUGGUACACACAGUACUUUGAGCAUGUUGCUUACCUGUAAAGAGAUUUACAAUGCUAUUACUCCUGUUUGAAGGCCACUGAGAAUGCCAUACAAAAUAGGCUGAGUAUUAUUGAUCUUAUUAAUUGCAGCUUAAGUGUUACAGUUAAGACCAGUGGUUUACAGUGGUGUCCUCCCUUCACACUGUCAGGUAUUGGAUUAUCUGAGAUAAGGAGGUGCAUGCCUACUAAUCAUCAGCACUAAGGUAGCUAAUUACCAGAAACUUUCCCAGACUUCUUUUGCCUUCCCUGUAUCUCUCACUCCUUUUUGGUACACUAAGUUCAGCUACUUUACUGAACUUUGGGCAUUAUUUUAAGUGGAACUGUAGUCUUCAGAUACUUUACUGAAUUUCUUGCAUUAUUUUAAGAGAAAAUCUUUAGCAUUUGUUUUAGUCUUGUUCAUGAGAAGAAGGACUUUCAUUCAGCCAUAGGCAGUCAGUUUUGAGCCAGUACUGGUGCCUUAGAGGAAUAAAGCCCUGACUACAGUCCAGGUGACCUGAGUUUAACUAGUGGCUUGGGAGCUUCAUGUUGCUGGCAGGGAGGAUGGGUAGGCCCAUCAUGGGGCAGGUGCAGAGCCGGCCACACACUGUGCCAACAUCCCUUGGAGAAGGAGCAGUGACUCAGACGGCUCCUUUGGGUGUAGCAGAUAGGCUUAGUAAGCCACCAGUGAAUGGUAGUCUUCAUAGUGAAUGUGCAGCAGCACACACUCACAGGGGGGGAGCAGAGAGCAUCAUGGGCCACCAGCUUAGGAGUGGAGUAGGGCAGUUCAAAAUGCGCUCAUUCCAGGGUUACUGGUGAUAUCACAAAACCACUCACAUCUGCCUGACUAAUUCAGCCCUAGACAGCUCUCAUCUUCAUUCAAGGUGAAAUCCUUGAAGCAGAUGAACUAACGGGCACUUUAUGAUUGAAGGCACGCUUGAUGGUCUCUAGGCUGUGGGGCAGAAAUAGAAUGGAGAAAAAAGUUAAGGUAAGUUUGUUCAAAGUUUUUCUCCUCCUCCUGCUCAAAAUUUGAUUACUUCUCAACCCUACCACCACCCCUAUUUCGUGACGCACAUCAACGGUGUGUUUUGUUUUUUUUUUAAUCUUUUGCACUUUCUGGAAGUUUGCUGCAUCCUCAAGUUUGGUAAUUACUCGUACUGUUUUAGUGGUCAUGUGUCAUCCUUGUGAUACACGCAUAUUCUUUCAGUAUUUCUGAUUGUAUUUGCUUUUCAGUUGAAUUUUGCUGGCCUUACUGCAUUCUGCCUUUUGGCUAUGACAUUUUUUUACACACUUUCACAAUUUUGUUGAGUUUUGUGUAAUUUCAAAGUGUUUUUGAUUUGAGUGCAUUUCUCAGUGUGUGUAGCAAGGCCCAUAGGAACUGUAAAUACUAAGCAUGCAUCUCGCAUGUUUUCCCUACAUUUACAGGUACAUUUAACUGUAGAUUGUGAUAUCACUGGUUCAUUUCUGUCAGUCUCCAAUAGAAAGACAAAAACUCAUCACUACUACUAAGAUGGAAGAAGGUGUUUCACGUGCUCUCAAUGGGGGCUUUAGCUUCAGCAUCUUUGGGUCAGAUGGACAAGUAUUGGGAAUGACAUUUAUCAACCCACAUGUUGAACCCCACAUCUGAUAGGUCCAAAGAAAGGAAAAAUUUCAAAUUACAGGGUGAAAAAUGGUCAUGUUCCUUUCAUAGCUCUAGCAUUAAACAGCCCAGUUCAGACAUGAUUUUUUCUGUACCUUCCUAACUGGUUCCUGGAGUGUCAUCUUCUUUUAUGCCUCAGCCUUCUCUGUUGUAUAUAAUCAUGUAUAGUGUUUUUGUUGUAGUCAGGUGCUAAAAUUCACCAGUAUUUUUGUUUUUCUAGGCAUGUUUUGUAAGGAUUCAUAGUAUUUCAGUAGCAGUUGACUACAGGAAGAUGUUGGAGGUUUUCUUGCAGUCAGCAAAUGAUAUCUGAGCACUUCCCCCCCAGUACUGCAGUAGGCAGAGGGCCUUCUGGCUUGUCAUAUUUUGUUGCAACAUUUCCUCAGUUCUCCUCAGCAGGUCUCGUGUCAGUGCUGGUCCUUGUGAAGCUUAGUCUUUUUUAUUAUUGUUGUUGUUGAAGCCGCGGUGGUACAGUGGUAGCGUUGUUGCCUCACAGCAAGAGGUUCUCCUGUUCAAUUCACGGCUUGAGUGCUU